AUGCCACCAUCAUUACCUGAUUUCUCGAGAUGCCAAAGUGACUCCAAGGAGGAUGGUCAAGAAUGGAUAAACCUUCGUCCACAUAAUCCUCCAAACACGAGCGAGCAGAAUGGCGCAAAAUCCAGCAAAGUGGACAUGUUCGUGGGCGAUCAAUUCUUUCGGACAGUAGAGCCCAACUGCUUCGAUCCGGCUGCGCGCAUCGCCGAAAUGGAUGCCACAGGAGUGGAUGUCCAGGUGCUCAGUACAGUACCCAUUCUGUUCGCAUACGAGAAGCCCGUCAAGCCUGCUGCGGAGAUGGCCCGGCACUUGAACGACCAUAUCGCGUCCGUCUGCCAUGACCAUCCCCGUCGAUUUGUGGGCUUGGCUACCGUGCCAUUGCAGGACGUGAACAGUGCCGUUGUUGAGUUGCACCGCGCAAAGACUGUCCUAGGGCUAAAGGGCGUCGAGAUCGGGACUGAGAUUAAUGGGCGGCCUCUGGACAGCCCGGAAUUCGCACCCUUUUGGAAAGCCUGCGAGGAUUUGGAUAUCCCGGUCUUUGUCCACCCUCUGGGAUAUGAGUUCCAGCGAGAGAACAAAAGUAGAUGGGGGAGUUACUGGUCUGCGUGGUUGAUUGGGAUGCCUAGCGAGACUGCCCUAGCAAUGCACGCACUAUUUUCCUCCGGAGUUCUGGUACGGCAUCCAAAGCUGCGUUUCUGUUUUGCACACGCCGGUGGUGCUUACCUGCCGCUGCUCGGACGCAUCCGACAUGGAUACGACUGUCGUCCAGACCUGGUGGCUCACAGCUCCCGGGGAAUAGCUCCACAGGACUACCUGCGGCCGUCCCAGUGCAAUGUCUGGAUCGACAGUCUGGUGCAUGACCCGGAUCUGUUGCAGUAUAUCUGCAAGAAGAUCGGCUCGGAGAGAAUCAUCAUGGGCAGCGACUACCCCUUCCCACUCGGCGAGAUGCCGGUCCCAGGCGAGAUGUUGGCAAGCGACGAACGGGUUCGCGCCUUUCUGACACCGCGAGACAGGGAGCAGAUGCUGGCAGGCAAUGCGAUUGAGUUCUUGGGGCUGGGCGAUAUGUUUCCGGUCGAGCAGUCCAAGUCUUUGCCAUCGGCCCAACGGAUGCCCAUUUCAAAUUAG